CAAAAAUUACACGUUUACAAAAGAAAGUUUACCAGAAAACGCUUCCUUAUCGUWACUAUCCCUGGGUAUUGUAAAGAAUGCGACGAGCACAUAACAUUGGCAACGGAAUGAACUCUCUGCAUAGAAGUGAUCAAAUGCUGGAGGAUGAAAAUGAAAGACUAGAAAAUGAUCUCUCAAAUAAAGUACAAACAUUAAAAUCGCUUUCAAUCGAUAUAGGCCAUGAAGUUAGAUCUCAAAAUCAAUUAUUAAAUGACAUGGAUGAUGAUUUUGACACAAGUGGAGGACUCCUCUCAGCAACAAUGGGAAGACUUACUGCAUUAACAAAGAAAGGACACCAUAAAAUAAUGUGCUAUUUAAUGCUUUUCUGUUUAUUUGUUUUCUUUGUUGCUUGGUUUAUUGUAAGACGGAGAUAAUAACAUACACAUAUGAAUAUCAAUAGAUGUUUUUAAAUACAUUGCAACAAGGUAUUUGCAUCCUAUGUAAUAUAAGAUUACAAGAUAAAAAGAAAAAAAAAACAUUGAAAAAGAUGUUCAUAAACCUCUUUGAUUUGAUUCACUUAAGAGAAUGUCAUUUCAUUUAAAUUGUCUUCUGUAAUUUUCAUCUGAAUGCAGUACAUGAAAUCUGUUUUAAAUGAUCUAAAAUACCUUCUAACAUUGUAUUUCUAAAAACAAAUUAUAAUAUUAUUGUAAAUAAAAUUAUAACAUUAGCAACACAAUUAUAGGUACAUUCUGGCAGCCUUCUUAUGCGAAUAAUUAUCAUUGUAUGCUACAAAACAAAAUAUUUUCAAUAGUGUAUUUAAAAAUUAUGUAUACUUAAAUGGGUAAUGUGGGCUAAACUAUAAUAUUUUCUUGGAUGUUUUCCUUCAAUUAGUAAUUUAACUGAAAUAUGACAUUUUCCUUAUUGUAUAUAUCUUAUACACAACUUCGUUUUUGCAAUGAAUAAAAAAAAAUUAAACAUU